GUAUUAUAACAAAAGGUUAAGAUGGCUUUGGCAAUCAAUCAACUAUGGCAAUCAAUACACGUAACACUUGUUCAUUAGCAACUUGAACUGCUUAAACGUACCUAAAUUGGAAUAUUUGUUCUUUUAUUGUCACGUGACAGGCGAUGGGCUCUAUGGCAGAGAUGCUUGAGCGGCUUUGGAAAGCAGAAUAAAUAUUUUUGCAGUUGGAAUUUUGACUGCUGAUAUUCCUUAAAUAUGGAGUCCUCCAGACCUUCCCGAAAACGCGUGAAGAAGCUCUCGGACGAGGAGAUCCAGCAGAUAUUGGGUAGCGACUCGGAGAAUUCCGACGACCCCGACUUCGACCUGGACAACUCCAACGGCCGCACGAGGAAGGGCAGCUCGUUUGGGGCCUUCCUCACCAAGAAAACAAAGUCGUCGGCGGCUUCGUCGGAUUCAGAAGAUCCGGACGAUCCGGAUGAUCCGGACAUGCCGAGGUCGUCACGUCGUGGCUCCAGGCGUCAUCCCAGGAGGUCGGGUCGUGCCAGGAGGUCUUCCGGGGAGAACGAGAAGAGGAAGCCGUCGUCCUCAUCAUGGGCUCCCGUGGUCAAUGUGCCGCCGCCGAACCCGCAGCCGGAUCCGUCUCCCCCGCGAGCCGCCGCACCACCCGUCGAGUACAAGACCUGGGAUGGAACCGUCGCCGUCAUCGAGCCGUCAGCGCAGUCGGGCGAGAAGUCGUACUACUGCUGCGUGCGGGGCUGCUCGUCGGCCAACGUGAGCGACCGGGACGGCCUGUGGCUGUUUGAGAUGCCCAAAGAGGCCUCCAUCAUGUCGGCCUGGGACAACCGGCUGCCCCUGGACUACGAGCGCAACCGGCCCCACAGCCCCCGGGUGUGCUUCCGCCACUUCGAGAAGAGCGACUUUGUGCGCCGCCAGCAGCGCCUGGUGGGGCUCCGCGAGGGGGCGCUGCCCAACCACCCGGACAUCCCGGACGCCGUGCUGCGCCGCUCCAACCCCCGGCUCGACUUCAAGGACGCCAUCAAGGAGGAGCCCCUCUGAGCUGCUCCCUUCUUUUCAUUCUCGCCCUACAAAAUGAAAUUUGCGACUGGCCGACUUCUUGGGGUAAUUCUGGUUCGGGAGUGUUGGAGGCAAAGAAUACGACGUUUGGGUAUGCUGCUUAGAAGGCCUGUUGCACCGCACCCUCGAAAAUGUCUCUCGAUUUCUGUUUUGACGACGUCUUAGAGGUGCCGCGCCGUUGCCUGCCGAGAUCCUGGCGCGGCGGUGGAUGGGAAGGAGGCUCGUUCUCAGACUCUACGGUCUGCGGAAGCUCCGGCAGCUGGGACGCUCGUUGCCGUUUGCUCGCGGAGUAAAACUGUGCAGCAAAUCCAGGGCCUUGAUUGGCGUAAUUGAAUGUCCCGCUCUUUUGGGAGGCAACAAUGACCUUUUCGCGCUUGUUGUUUGAGAUAAGACAGCUCUCACCGAGGACGGCAGUGGGGUUGUCUUUUUGGGAGGUGCAGUGGUGGACGGCGGGGUUGAUGUCGCUGGCCCGUAAUAAGCCGGAGCCCCUUGAGGGGGCGUGGCCUCCUCCUCCAGGGGAAUAACGGGGGCGCACCUUAAUUCACGCCCCCGCACUGCACUGCACUUUCGCCACUUAGCGGCGACAGUCUGCGGCGGUUCUUUACAAGAAUGUGAAACCACUUGGUCCACCUGUAAAUGCCGCAUCGCGGUGCCUGACUAUUCGCUAAAGUGUCAUUUGGUGAACCGCCACCUCAAGAGGCUCCGCCUUAUUACGGGCCAGCGACAUCAGCACCUCCUCGACUCCCCUCGUUCACACCGACUCGCGGCGACAGAGUGCAGCUGCACGCCGCAAAGCGACACGAAUGGGCGCCGCUGAUAAUGAACGUUAGGAGGUUAACAAAAGGAGGCUAGUUUUAGUGGUGAAUACGAACCCCGCAUACGGCGUGGUUAAAAGCGUCUAAAUCUCGAGGCGGCAUUGCGUUAUCCCAGGUGGCAUCUUUGUACAUGCCAAACAUUGAUGUGCAUUCUAACCCGCCGGUGAUGCGUGCAUUUCUGACGUGCAUCAAAAAAGACCCAUUGGGUUCCCUGGAUUUGCCCGAUGGUUUUACUCUACGAGGAAGCGACACCUGCGUUUGCUCAUACUUUUUGCCGGAACUUCCCUGACCAGCUGGAUGGCGACAUGCAACAAUGUGACGUGCCGGCUUCUGCGAGGUCGUUUGUUGCCAUCCUCGAUGCAUGGGCGGGACCAGAUGGGCUACAGGCACCGUAGCUCUUGGACAUUUGGGUCGGCCGCCUCUUGAAAAUGACUCCGCUUUGAGAGUGAAAAGUUUGUUCUUGGGGGGCUUAAUGACUUAACUGAUGCCCGUCUUGGGAAGACGCUGCGGAAGUUUUCGUUAAUAUUUCUAUUGAAAUUUGUGACCCUGGUGCAGGUAAAGAAAACCGGGAGAAGCUGCUCCCUUUCCACUUAGCAGGGCAGAUGCCGAAUAGGAAGCGAGUUUCUCUGUGGCGUUCGCUCUGCGCAAAGGAUGGAGGGCUUUUCUUAAGCGUGCAGCGGGGUAUAGUAGUUGACCCCAUGGGACUCUGGUUCCAAACUCUCUGAGGUAUCAGAUAUGUUGUUUGGAGGCUGUACGUGUGGGCCAUCUUGGAACGAUGGCCUGAGGUUUUGUUUCUUAAUUAUGGAAAUUUGUAUUUAGUUAGCCUACGGUGACUUUGCUUCGAGAGUGUUUGAAAUGAAAGUUAUUAUGUCUGGGGCCGAACAACUGAAUUGGCAGUGAAACAAUGGCAGAUGGUUGAUAGAAAUUUGUAACCAGUUGAAUGAAAGUGAUACUUUUCUGCGAUUACUUGAGAUAAAAGUAUGAGGGGGCUAAAGCUAGAAAUGUCAUUUAAAAGUUACAUUUUAAUCUCGGCUUGUGCGAAUGAGUCAUUAGAAAUUCGAUUACUUUCAUCUUGGUUGAUGUGCUUUUUAGCCCAUAGUAUGUAAAAAGGAUGCUAUGUCACGCAUUAAAAGCAAACCUGUUAAUCUACUACAAGUUCUAAAAAAAUGCAUGAAGGAGACUGCAGGCUGUUGUAUUUCUUGCAUUGUUUUUGCAAGCAAGCAACAUACUUUACCGGUUCUUUUUGGUACACAGAAGAAAGCGCUCGACGAUUUUCAGCUUCAAAUCCGAUAUAAGGGAACGUUCUGCCUCACCAACUGCUUACCACGAUCGUGUCAUCUAGCCACGGGAAUCGCAAUGUUUCGUUGGAACACCGACCGAUGUGCGGAGUAUGUUACGGGAGUCCCGUCGUGCGUUUAGGUUUUCUUUUUGUUUAAAAACAUUAAUGGAACUGUUUUCUUUUGAAAACACCCGCCAUGCAAAAGGCCGGAGCUAUUGUAGGGUCCAAAUUUCUCUCCGAGCGUGUUCUUGCCGAGAGUGCUCAUAUUGCCCAUGAGUUAGCAGUUUGCAUCAUGUUCAAUUUAAACCAGCUCAUUUGUGCCCUUACAUUCACUUCAUAAUCUGGAGCUUUUUGUUAUUUCAAACAUACUAAGUUGGACGUUACGUGAGUCUAUCUUGUUUUUUUUUUCCUGGGAUGCGACUUUAUCAUUCACUCCAUCAUUAAUGUUGCAGCCGACACCCGUGUUCCGUGCUGCAAUGUGCGCCAUCUUUGUUUCCGUGUCUUUUAAAGAAAAUAAAGGUUCUCGCUUGCUGAGUGAGUGAAAAGACGUUUAUUGA